AAACUAUCUACUGAAAAGAUCCCGUUCUAAGAACAAUAAAAAUAGUUGUCUUAAUUGAAUAAGUGUGAAGCUGGGUAAAUUAAUAAAGUAUAUCCGUGAAAACCUUAGAAGGAUUUGAAGAGUACGAGCAGAUCUAAACCAAGUAAAAGAACAUCUGAAUAGUUCUGUAAAUUAGUUCACAUAUGAUACUACCCUUACUUGCUCAAAGUUGAAUCUGCACCAGGAACGCAGUACGGGACUGCGGUACCUACUCCAAACACAGAAAAGGUACAUUCAGUAAACUAAGGAAUUAGUGGAGAAAUUUUAGCGCAGAAUUACUAUGGGUUAGAGUGAUAAUUUGCAUCCGACCUUUGCCAGACGUCAUUUAUCAGAAAAGUCUUCUGACGUCUGGAAUUUUUUUUGUCUGAAACUUAACUUCUUAACUCUUAUCUUCCUUUUUAAGCGCUAGACGCAAGCCAAUACACAUACUCUUUUAAAUAUGAUGUUCACACAAAUCGCUACUGUCGUCGCUAUUGCUGCUGGUGCAGCUGCUACUCCUGUUGUUCGUCAAAACAGCGGACAAGCAACCUACUACCAAGCAAGUGGUGGUACUGGCUCAUGUGGUCAACAACUCAGUGACUCUCAAAUGGGUGUUGCUGUUAGUUCAAACAUGGGUUGCACCUCUAUGUGUGGAAAGAACGUCGAAAUCACUAGCAACGGUAACACAGUCUCCGCACCAGUCGUUGACUGCUGUCCAAGUUGCGAGGAGAACCACAUCGACCUCUUACCAAAGGUAUUUGAAUCACUCGGUAUCUCACAAUCCGAAGGUGUUGCUCAAGUAUCUUUCACCUUACAAUAGAUGACGGCACUGUGUGUUAGUCAAAAUUUUAUAGACAAGACGGACUUGUCCGUGCAAAUCUAUCAAAUAUAGCAAAAAUACAAAAAAAUGGAUCACAACGUUCUUAAAUAAACCAUCGAUUGGUUUAUCGAAGCGUACUUUCACUCUAAAGUAUUUUCGCACAAGCUUGCGUCACAAAAAUGUAUCAAAAACAAACAUUCAUUGUUAUUAGAGCGC